ACACCCACUGACUGAUGAGGCUAGUAAUGCAUGACUUCUCCUGAUUCGUUUAGGAUCUACGUGAUAAUGCAUCCGGAAAACAAGAUGCAUGACGAAACGCGAGAGCAAUAACAGAAAUAUGAUAACGUUCUUUUCCACAACAACCUUGCUUCACACUAUCACCAAAAAAGAAACACCACUUCCAUCGAUGAGGUCAAAGAUUAUCUGGGUUUGUUUGCCUUUCCCUCUCAUCCAUCCCGAAUUUCGUGACCGACCGAUUUUAGUAAGCUUUCGAACGGCUCAUCAGCAACAUGCUGCGCGGAAAACAUCUCGCGAAAUUGCUUCAGAACGGUAGUCGCCAUCUGUCUACGGAUGGUUUGGAAAAGUUCCGGAAGAUCAACUACGAGAAAAUCGGUAUCGUCGGUGUACCCUUCGAGAAGGGUCAGCGCAAGAAAGGUGUCGGCUUAGGGCCGAAGGCGAUUCGUGAAGCUGGAUUGAUCGACAGUAUUCAGGAAAUUUCGACCAAGUUGGAUAUUAGAGACUACGGCGAUAUUCAGUAUGAGGCGUUGAAUCUACAAGGCAGACUGGCGACGAACAUGAAGCAGCUGGAGCACGUGGCGAGCUGUACGAAGCUACUCUCGCAACGAGUAACCCGAGUGUUGAACGAGGAUCGACUGUGUUUGACGCUGGGAGGUGACCAUGCUAUCGCGAUCGGGUCGAUCGAUGGACAUCUGAAGCACUGCAGCGAUGUGGGCGUGAUUUGGGUAGAUGCGCAUGCUGACUUGAACACGAAUUCGACGUCUCCUUCGGGGAACAUACAUGGGAUGCCAGUUGCGUUGUUGGCGAAGGAAUUGGCGGAUUACUGGCCUUAUAUUCCGGGGAUGGAUUGGCAGGAGCCGAUCAUUUCCAUCAAGAAUAUGGUUUAUAUUGGAUUGAGGUCGGUGGAUCCCUACGAGCGGGUGAUCAUUGAGAAGUUCGGUAUCCACGCUUUUGGGAUGCGAGAGGUGGAGAAAUACGGAAUCAAUGACGUCAUGAAGAUGGCUCUGGAGCGGAUCGAUCCGGAAGGCAAGAAGAGUCUGCAUGUGAGUUAUGACAUCGAUUCGCUGGAUGUCCUUGAGGCUCCAAGCACAGGGACUGGUGUUCGCGGAGGUUUGACGCUGCGAGAGGGAAUCUACAUCAUGGAGGAGGCGUACAAUACCGGUCGAUUGGCAGCUGUGGAUUUGGUGGAGGUCAACCCAAGCGUUGGGACUCCGGAAGAUGUUCGGAAAACGUUGGAUGCAGCCAUUCAUCUUUUGGUAGCAGCAUGCGGGCAUAGUAGAAUAGGCGACAUUGCCGAUACGAUAGACUUGAUUAAGAAGUAAGUUCACGCGAAUAAAGUGACCUUUGUGAGUAAUUUAGUGUGUUGAUUGCUUAUCUCAAAAAUGCCGUUAAAAAGGAAUACACUGGAAUCUUAAUAUACGAGUUUGGGAGU